ACAAAGGGAGUGGUUAGUGACUUAGACCACCAGAGCCCGCAAUUUAAAGGAAAGGGGCGCAGUUUGGAGCAGGGAGCUGGAAGGUAUCCAGUGCAGAUCCCUCUCCCUUCCCGCCAGCUCCGUUCUCCGCUGUUCUGCAGCAAGUGACAGAUCGAAGGAACCCUCAGUCGACGUUAAUGCCACAAAAUGCGCGCCCUGUGUGCUCUAGCUGGGAUCUUGCUGAUCUUUGGACCGACGCGGGCCGUGCUGGACCUUCAGAGGGACAACACAAACUGGUGUGAAUAUGACAAGGCGCUCCACACACGGUUGAAUAUUGUAGAAAAGAACAUCGAACAAACAGUGAAUCACUUGGAGGCUGAAGUGUCCGAUCUUCUCAGGUUCAUCGAGACUUCAAACAUUUCUCUUCAGUUAGGAUCUCCAACCAUUGACAUUUUUGAAGGUCUGGUUUGAACAGCGUGAUGCCUAUCUUCAUAAUGAAAAGUUCUACGUCAAACCAAAAUUUUAAUUAUACCACAGAAGUACUAUAUCAAUUAUUACUCAAGAAUAUGUCAAGAAAAAUGCUCACAAAUGUACUCUAACAAUGUACCUUUUAUAAAUUGCAAUUGUUCCUUGUAUCAGUGGAUGCUCUGGUCUGUUCCACCCAUGGGGCUAUAUUUGUUGAACAUUCAUUGGAUUGGGACAUUGCUACUAUGUUAACAGGAGCCCACAAGAUGCCACCAUAAUCUGAACCUAAGACUUGGCAGUGUUACUUACCUGGUUUGCUUUAUCCUGUCUUUUGUAAACCAUCCUUGUAUCUAGAAUUUCUUGAAGAUAAUUGUACAAUGAAAUGCAGAUGCCCCGUAACAAUCUGGUGAUAUUGUUACCAUGUCCCUGUGAACAUCAGCUCUAUGUGGACAUUUCAGAAGAUGUCUUUUCACUUUUAGUAACUGAAAAAAAACUGGAAUAUUAUGUAGAAAUGCAAAUUAUUCUAAAAUAUUAACAACACUAAAGCAGGACAUUCAGUCUAACAGAUUCUAGCCAGCAUUUGUGCUCAACAUAAACAUCCUUCUAACUCUCUUCAACUCAGCGCAUCCCUUUCUUUAUUUUGCCUUACAUAUAUAUUUACCUUCCACUUAAAUUGAUCUUUGCUAUUCAGUAAUAUACCCAAUUGAGCUGAUUUUUCACCACUCUGCGGAUAAAAGUCCUUGAAUUUGUUAUUGAUUUACUUCAUGACUCUCUUAUUUUCAUGGGCCUUGGUUCUGGUUUCACCCACUAGAAACAUCAACCCACGUACCCAAUCAAUCCUUCCCUAAUCUUAAUGAAACCUUAAUCAGAUCUGGGGAACAGAGUACUGGUUUGAUCCACUACAUCUGAUCAGUAUUGUAAUAGAACAACGUUGGCAAGGUAUGUUUUUCAGAAAAAAGGAAAAAAAAAACUUAAAUAACUGAACCACUGUCGUCAGUUCUCCAGGACUAUCCAGGAAUCCAAGAUUAACCUUCAGGACUUUACUGCAAACACGGGAGAAAAAGAAACAUCAAGUCCUAUAAUAGAUAUUCACUUUAAUUGAAGCUGUUUUUAAAAUAUUGGCAUUGAUGGAAAGAACUGUUGCUGAGCUGGAAGGUUACAAGAGGGUGGUCACAGAAUCAAAGCUACAGGAAUACAUUCAGUCAGAGUUGGUAACCAUACUGGGGGUGGUCCCUUCUAGUAGCCUGGUGAUAAUUUUUUUUAGCAAUUAAUUCCAGUAUUGUUGGAUGGUUUGCUGCGAUGAGUUGGAGUAGGUGUUCCAGAGAGGACAAGUAAAACCCAGACUCCAGCUUCUGACUGCUUAUAUGGACCAAUUACUGUUAGCUGUGAGGCAUCCCACACACCAAGAGCCCACAAGCAAGCGAGGGGUGAUUUUAACUUCUGACUUUAGUGUAAAACUGGUGAUUUGGAUAGGCUGCUUAUCAUAUCCCUCCCUCUAAUAAGGGCAGCAGUUAGGGAGCAUUGAAUUGACAUUAUUGGAAAGGGGAUGUAUGACUGAGACAAUCUUGUCCAUUUCACCAUAUCACCAAAGACUAUAUUUUCUUAUGUUAUAGAAGAAGGCCAUUUGGCCCAUCAAGUCUAUACCAGCCCACCAAGCAAUCUCAUUUCCCCACAACUUUUUUCCUGUAAGCUAUUCUCCUCACACUUCCAUCACUUCCCAACUACACCAGGGCCAAUUUACCAGCCAGCACAUGUUUGUGAUGUGGGAGGAAACCAGAGCACCCGGUGCAAACUCCCCACGGACAGCACCAGAGGUCAGGAUUGAACCUGGGUGGCUGGAGCUCUGAGGCAGAGGACCUUCUAGCCACACCACUGUGUUGCCUUUGGGGGUCAGGGUUCACAUGGAAGAUGAUAAUUUGAAGAGAGCGACAGAGGGUGUUUGGUAUGCCUCUGCUCCUGUCCACCUUUUAUUCAUACACAGCAUUGUGGCAAGGUCAGUAUUUAUUGUACAUCCUUAAUUUCUUUUGAAAAGUGGUAUACUGAGCCAUUUCAGUUAAAGUCAACUAUAUUGCUGUGGUUUGGUGUGGGUGAGGUGGCAGAUUUUCUUCUACCGAGGAAAUCAGUAAACUAGAUGGGUUUUUACAACAAUUGAGUAACUUCCUGGCUGUAUAUAAUAGUAUUUAGUUUGCCACCUGCUGUAGGCUCAUGAAUCUGGACACCAGUCCGGUGAUGUACUCACUGUGCUACCAUAUCUUUAAGGGCAGGAGAGAAAAUCGCUGAGGAGAGCUGUGGUUUGCUUCUUGUAUUUUGUACUGCAAGUUUCAUCCAGUUUACUUUCAAUAAAAUCAAACUGCUACAUUUCCA